CACAGCUGCCACAUGUUCCUCUCAUGUUCUUAAUUAAAGCUCUGAGUAAAUAAAAGUGAAUUUAUAUUUUCUUCUUAUUAAAGCAGCAGCUGUCUGUGUUGCUGUGCAGAGUCAGGAGCCCCAAAAUAAAACUGAUAAGUAUUCAGAGCUUGUCGAGACUGCAUCAGGAGAAGAAACACUCCUCCGCCUCCUCCUCCUCUUCUCUGCAUCGAUGCUUCAGGAUCUCCUUCAUCAGCAGGAGAAAACUGAGCGAUCAGAGGGAAAUCCUGACUCCUCCCAUCCUGCAGGAGAAAAGGUUUUGACCCUGAAGACGAGAGCUUAAAGGAUUUUAGACUUUCCUCCUUCGAGACAAAAAGAAAUGAAUCAGGAGACUCAUGUCAUCAAACUGAUGUAUGAUGACACACCUGUUAUUAUUACUCAUUAAAUGUGAGGCCGAAGUUUUCAGGUGUGUUGAGUCUUUAGGAUUCACUAUAAACUCAAACAAGAUUGUCUGAGAAGAAAACAUCAGAGCAGAAGAAACCAAAUACUAAAAUCCAAAUAUUACCUUAAUAUUAGCCACAAGCUGAGCCAAGAUGGCCGACCCCUACCAGAACAACAUCUACCAGCAGGGAGGGGGUGACAGCUACGGGACCUAUGGGGAAGGUGUAGGUCAGGAUGGAUAUGGAUACCAAGCAGACUAUCCUUCUCAGGAGGAGGACGCAGCUAGUGACGCGACUGAAGGUCAUGAUGAAGAGGAUCAGAUGUAUGAAGGAGAGUAUCAGGGGAUCCCUCAUCCUGACGAGGUGAAGGCUGCACAGAGAGCUGCACGAGCUAAGUCUCGACCGACUGGCAGCUCUGUCUCUGAGCUGGAGGAGCUAUCGGAGCAGUACGAGGACAUCAUGGAGGACUGUGGACACGGGAGGUUCCAGUGGACUCUGUUCGUGGUCCUGGGUUUGGCUCUGAUGGCGGACAGUGUUGAGUGUUUCGUGGUUGCGUUUGUUCUGCCGUCAGCUGAAAAAGACCUGUGUCUGUCCAACGCAGAGAAAGGCAUGCUGGGUCUGGUGGUCUUCCUGGGCAUGAUGGUGGGGGCCUUCCUGUGGGGGGGUCUUGCUGAUAAACUGGGCCGGCGGCGCUGUCUGAUCAUGGCAUUGGGUUUAAACUGCAUCUUUGCCUUCCUGUCGUCCUUCGCUCAGGGCUACGGCUUCUUCCUCUUCUUCAGACUGCUGUCUGGCAUCGGGAUUGGGGGCACAGUGCCCAUCGUGUACUCGUACUUCUCAGAGUUUCUGCAGAUGGAGAAGAGAGGAGAACAUCUGUCCUGGCUCUGCAUGUUCUGGAUGAUCGGUGGGAUUUAUGCUUCCUUCACGGCCUGGGGGGUCAUCCCUCGAUACGGUUGGGGCUUCAGUAUGGGGACAGAGUUCCAGUUCCACAGCUGGAGGGUGUUUGUCCUCGUUGCAGUCCUUCCGGCCGUCGCCUCUCUGGUUGGACUCACCUUCAUGCCUGAGAGUCCUCGCUUCCUGCUGGAGAAUGCCAAACACGACGAGGCAUGGAUGAUCCUGAAGCAGGUCCACGACACCAACUGGAGAUGUAAAGGGCAGCCAGAGAAAGUCUUCACAGUGACCCACAUCAAGGCCCCGAAGACAGCCGAAGACGAGUUCAUCGAGAUCCAGAGCGCCACAGGAACACCGGUGCAGAGAUGGGCCGUUCGCUCCUUCACCCUCUGUAAACUGGUUCUGAGGAACGUGGCGUCGCUGCUGUCUGCUGAGCUGAGGUUCGCUACGCUUUUCAUGGCCGUCAUCUGGUUCUGCAUGGCCUUCAGUUAUUAUGGUCUGUCCGUGUGGUUCCCUGACAUGGUCAAACAUCUGCAGUACGAGGAGUACGAGUCCAAAGUGAAGAUGUUCCACAGAGAACGGGUUGAGAACUUCCAUUUCAACUUUUCUCUGGAGAACCAGGUCCAUAAAGAAGGAGAAUACGUCCGAGACAAGUUCAUCGGGAUAGAGAUGAAGUCCGUCAGGUUCCAGGACUCUCUGUUCGAGGACUGUCUCUUCGAGGACAUCAGAUCCACGGACACCGUCUUUGAGAACUGCACCAUCCGCACCACCGUUUUCUAUAACACAGACCUGUGGGAGGAGAAGUUCAUCGACUGCAGGAUGGAGAACACCACGUUUGAGCACAACAAACAUGGCUGCCACCUGGACACGGUGGAGGAGAACGACGUGCUCAUCUACCUGGUCAGCUUCCUGGGCAGCCUGGCCGUGUUGCCGGGAAACAUCAUCUCAGCGCUCUUCGUGGAGAAGCUCGGCAGGGUUAAAAUCAUAGGUGGAUCCAUGCUCAUCUCUGCCUGCUGCAGCUUCUUCCUGUUCCUGAGCUUCAGCCAGUCCGCCAUCAUCGCUCUUCAGUGUUUGUUCUGCGGCGUCAGUGCAGCGGCAUGGAACGGCAUCGAGGUGGUGACCGUGGAGCUUUACCCUGCUUCAAAGAGGGCGACAGCGUUCGGCGUGCUGAACGCUCUGUGUAAGCUAGCCGCCGUCCUCAGCAGCUCCAUCUUCGCCAGCUUCAUCGGGAUCACCAAGGUGGUCCCCAUCCUGCUGGCCUUCGCCGCGCUGGUCUGCGGCGGCCUGGUGGCCCUCAGACUGCCCGACACGCGACAGAAGAUCCUCCAAUGAGGUGGCGAGGGGAGAGGAGGCGGCGGGGCUGAAACAUAUCCUGUUGGAAGCUCUUUGACUUCAUGCUGCACAGGAACAAGUUCUCUGUUCCAGUCAAACGCCAAGCAGUCAUUUGUCCAUGUGAACAUCCUCCAUCACUGAUGAUGAUGAUGAUGAUGAUGAUGAUGAUGUGAGUGAAGAAGGUCUGAAUGACAUCAUUGUCCUCUGCUUCCUGUCAUCAGCAGCAGCUUCAUGCAUGAUGAGAAACUUCUGUCUUCCACAACAUUUAACAAAUAACUUCCUGUUUGUCAGUGAGGCUCACUUUCAGUUUUAGAUCCUUACAGUAAAUAAAAAAAAAACUACAAUCUUAUUUUAUCCAAUGAAGACAAAACCUCAAUUUAUACCUUCAAAAUAAAGGUUUUGCUCCGACAUGAGCUAACCAACGAGCUAAAUGAUGUUAGCUGGAGAAAAAUCAGUUUUAUGAUCAGCGGCUGUUAGCUUCGGCUCUUUAGAAUAUUCACAAAUGCUCACACGUCAUUCAUACGUACACAGGAAAAUUCACAUGUGCACAGGAAAAUUCACAUGUGCACAGGAUAAUUCACAUGUGCAC